AUGUCAAGCGUUGAUUGCCCCGGUGCUGCUGCCUACGCAGACAAUCUAGAGACUUUAAGCAGCACCGUGGAUUGCAUUACGCGUCAACACUCGACGAUCCAGGAAUUUUUGCGCUGGACUGGCAUGCUUGCGAACGCAUUAAAAGUCAGCACCAUGUCGGUCCAGCGUAACAUCCGAGGCUUGCAUAAGACCCUGGACGUUGAGCUGCAGCUGGAUAUUAUUCCAAUCCAUGCGUUAAGUGCCACCGACUCAUACAAGUGCUUAGGGAUUGGGGAUGGAUUCGACCAUGUCCGCCGCCGUGUGAAGCUUGAUGCUAUGGAUUUGUUGCAGUCCGAGUUUGCGCCAUGGCAAGUAGUGAAGGCUGUAUAA